AUGGAGGUGCAGAAUCAGACCACAGUGACUGAGUUCAUCCUGACUGCCUUCCCUGCCCUCCACAAGCUGCAGGUUUUCCUCUUUGCGGUUCUCCUGGUGACUUACAUGCUUACUCUAACAGGAAACGGGGUCAUCAUCUCCCUAAUAUGGGCUGAUAAUCGCCUCCAAACCCCAAUGUACUUCUUCCUCAGUAAUUUGUCGUUUCUGGACAUUUUAUUCACCAGCUCAGUUACCCCAAAACUGCUGGCCUGUCUCCUAGAGGACAGGAAGACCAUCUCCCUUGCAGGCUGCAUCACCCAAACAUACUUCUUUUUCUUCCUGGGGACAGUGGAAUUUAUCCUCUUGGUGGUGAUGUCCUUUGACCGCUAUGUGGCCAUCUGCAACCCCCUGCGCUAUACCAUCAUCAUGAACAGCAGGGUCUGCCUCCUGCUGGUCCUGGGCUGCUGGGUGGGGGCCUUCCUGUCCGUGCUCUGCCCAGUUAUUCUGCUGUCCAGGUUGCCUUUCUGCUCUGAGGAGAUUAAUCACUUCUUCUGUGACAUCGCCCCUCUCCUACAGGCGGCUUGCAUCAACACUCAUUUCCUUGAGAUGAUAAGCUUCCUCUUGUCUUCCCUCGUCCUCCUGACCUCCCUGGUGCUCACCACCGUGUCCUACACCUACAUCAUUUCCACCAUCCUGCGCAUCCCCUCCGCCCAGGGACGUCAGAAAGCCUUCUCCACCUGUGCUUCCCACAUCACCGUCGUCUCCAUUGCCUACGGGAGCAACAUCUUCAUGUAUGUGAGGCCCAGCCAGAGUCAUUCCCUGGAAUUCGACAAAGUGACAGCUGUCCUCACCAUAAUGGGGACCCCUCUUCUGAACCCCUUCAUUUAUAGUCUAAGGAAUGAAAAGGUAAAGGAAGUUUUGAGAGAUGCAGUCAACAAAAUUAUGUCCUUAUGGCACCAGAAACCUUGAAACCUUAUUGCACAGGAAACCAUGAA